AUGGCCUACGAGAUUAGUGAAAUCAAAAAGAUUGGCAUAGGUCUCGUGGGGUUUGGCAUCCUAUUCUCAUUCCUUGGUGUUAUCCUUUUCUUCGAUAGGGGCUUGUUGGCUCUGGGUAAUAUUUUCUUUUUGACUGGAGUGGGUCUGUUAAUCGGUUGGCAAUCUAUGUGGCAGCUUUUCACAAAGAAGGCAAACCUUAAGGGAUCAGUACCUUUCUUCUUUGGUUUGUUUCUUCUGUUUGUCCGUUGGCCUGUUGCUGGUAUGAUCAUGGAACUAUAUGGAUCUUUUGUGAUCUUCAGUGGUUAUGGGCCUCCUAUCCAGGCCUUCCUGUAUCAAAUACCAAUCAUUGGUUGGAUUCUGCAGUACCCAUUCCAGAUUAGGACAAUGAUAAGCCGUGGCAACCAUUUCCGCCAUAGAACCUACUGUUGUUUCCUGGGCAUGACAUGCCGGGCAUUAUCGUUUAGAAAUAUUUACAGUGGUUUUGAUUUGACGGUCUUUAUCCUUAUCCACAGUGAUGAUGCACUUCAGGUGCCUGUCAUCAUUCACCAAGUUGCAAAAGUCCAGGCUUACUCAAACCUGGGGCACACAUCACACCUAAACGAGGGCACCACCAAGCCUCGUUGGGUUCUUGUCAUUCUUGCCAGGAACGAUUCCUAG